AUGGAAAGUGUCAAAUGUUUGUGUGGAGGAACACUGAUAACAGCAAGACAUGUUUUGACAGCGGCACACUGUGCGAUCAACGGCGAAGGGAUUGGACCAGAUACUGUUCGCCUCGGAGAUACUGACCUUAAUAGUGCGACGGAUGACGAUCUUGCACAGCAGAUCAAAAUUCGGAAGUUCAAGAAACACCCACAGUAUCGACCAAGUAGAAAAUAUUUCGACAUUGCAUUAAUUGAGCUUGAAAACCCGGCUGAGAAUUCCGAAGCCGUUUGUAGUGCCUGUUUGUGGUUGGAGAAAACUGUUCCCUCGGAAAUAUUUAGUGUCAUCGGUUUCGGUACAUUAGGAUUCGGUGAAAAUUUAAGCCCCACGUUGCAGAAAGUGAAGUUGGCCAUUAUGAAUCACACAGAAUGCAUACACCGCAUACAUACAGGUACUCGGGCACUACCAAACGGUCUUCUGGAAGAACAGUUUUGCGCCGGUGGCGAGACCAUGGACACUUGCGAGGGAGACUCCGGUGGACCAAUUCAGACUGAAAAGUUCGUUGUUAACGGUUCACAAAUUCCGUUGAUAGUCGGUGUCGUUUCAUUCGGAACGCCUUUUACCGAAGGAUCUACUGGAGUGUACACCCGGGUGGCUUCCUACCGAAAAUGGAUAGAAAGUGAAACGAAUCAAACUUUUGGAUAUGUGGGUUAA